UCUAGUAAACAUGUGCAGUUAGCAGUUUCUUGUCUCUUCUUUCUUUAAAAACUAAUUUCCGUGUGUCUGUGCAAGAGAGAUAGUUCACUCUUUACUCUUCAGCCUAUCUGAGUAUUUAGUGUAUCGGCUUCUAAGACUACUUUUUCUCCACUUAUACUGUGCUUGUGCUUUACUGCUACUUCUCUUGCGGUGGUUGAACUUGCUUUUAAUCUCUACUUUCUCGUGGUCAAUCUGGGAGUUCUGAGUUCCGUAUGGGCCAGGAUUGAACCUUCUAGCAAAUGGGUUAGUUUCAUUAAUUAUUCUCAUGGAGACUUUCCCCUCAAGUUUAGAUAGCAUGAUUGUUCGUUGAUGCCGCUUGUUGAGAUUUUUUUUUUUUUUUCCUUCGCCGAGCUUGCUUCUCCGAGAUCUAUUCAAAAGGACUCUGCAUUUGUUGAUGGGACAAGAGAUGAAGUUGGAUCUCAAUGUGAAGUCUUCAGAGGGUCUGAGUCCCGAUACUGUUCUGCUAUCUCAUCAAUAUCCUUCGAAUGUCAAGAGGAGACAUAAAAAAGUUAAACACAUUGGAAAAAAUGAAUUGUGGACCCUCACAGAAGACUUGUCCAAAAACAGGUUUGCUAAAUUACGCAGUUCAUCAUGUAAAAGCAGCCUCUCUAGACCUAGUGGACGGGAGGUUAAUGUAGAGAUGAGGCGGGGUUCCAUGUAUCAGAGUUCAGAGGAGCUAAAGUAUAUAAAAGCAAUGAGCACCGGGGAGGGAAGGAAAAAGAUAGAAAUUUCACGUAGCAGUGACACCUCUUUUUCUGGGAGCAUUGUUGAUUCUUUAUGUAGCUCUGAUGAUGAAGAUCCUAGAAAGAAAUCUUCAAUGAUGUAUAAGGAAUCAAAAAUGAAUUCACGGUCUGUUUCCAGAUCCUCAGCUCGCUUGGAGUCCCAUUCUCCAAAUGGCUUUAUUGAAUUCUGCAUAACUUCAGAUGUUAGGGAUAGAUUUUCUACUUCAACUGCAGAAAGAGAUUCUAUAAAUUCAAAUGCCAGAAAUGAUAGUGUUAUUGGUUCUCUGGAGAAAGAUGCAGUUCAUGCAUUGGUCAAAUCGUUCUCUUCCAAAGUGGAAGCCUUUCACUUGUUAUCUCCCUCAAAAAAUGACUGCUUGUCAAAAGCCAAUUCAAACGUCCAGUCCACCCCUGUCAAGAAAAUGUUCAAUUCAUUCACGAAGUCCAAAUCUUUGACAAGUCCAAGGAGCCGUAAGUUGGAAAACAGUGAGGUCAAAUCAACUGGUAUGGUAAAUAUAACAAGAAGCAGGACUUACCAGAAAUCUCUCCUAAAUGACUUCUCUAACACAGAAAAGUAUUCCGAUAUUAUUUCUGAGUUUAUCAGUAGAGAUAUCCAGCAUUCAGGAAUUGCUAGUUCACCAGUCCACCUGCACGGUAGUCUCAAGUUUGAAAACAAACAUGGAGUUCCAUUUUUUGAGUUCAAGGUGAAUUGCCCUGAAGACUUUUUAGUGGCCAAGAUGAGGAGAGUAGAUAAUACUUCCAAUUGGGCAUAUACCUUUCAUUCCAUUGAUGGUAGAAAGAAAAGCAGUGCCAUUGGCUUGGGAUCCCAUGAUUGUGACAGGGUUUCCUCAAUGGUAGCACAGAUGUUAGUUGCCUCUAACUUAUGUUCAGAAUUUAAAGAUGGAGCCUUUGACAACUCUAUGGUGACAGAAUUUGUGUUGUAUGAUCUUGCAAACUCAAGACCAAGCGCUUCACUUCAAAAGGAUUCUCCCUGUGACCAAGAUUCUAAAACCUUGAAACCUUCCCAUGUGGGAAGAGAAACAUUCGAGCUUGAUGAGAAAACUCCUGCAAUUAAGAACAAACUUCAAGACAAGCUUUUAUUUGGCAGUGUCGAUUUCAAUGAUUCAAAGUCUUAUCCUUUGUUGUGCUCAGAAUUGCGUCAAAAUCUUGAAAUUGCAGCCAUCGUUUUGCAAAUUCCAUUUCACAAGAGAGAGAGUUUCAGACACACGAGAAAGAGUAGAGGUGCUAGAGAGCAUCGCAACCGAAGUGAUCAUUCUGAGAUAGAACAGAGAAGAAAAGGCCUUCAUGAAAGCAGAGGCCCGGAACAGGUGAAGGUGGUCAUUCCAAAGGGCAACCAUGGUCUACCGAUUGAUGAAAACCAGGGUCCCUCACGUUUGCUUGAUCGGUGGAGACAUGGUGGAGGUUGUGACUGCGGUGGGUGGGACAUGGCCUGUCCGCUUGUCCUUUUAGGCAACCCUGGUGUUCAAUUUUCUGAAGACCGCUCUCUCAUGGAGAAUUAUCAAACACUCGAACUCUUUGUUCAGGGAGCAAAAGAGAGUUGUCCUACUUUUAGCAUGAGAGUAGUUGAAGAAGGGCAGUAUGCUGUUGAUUUUCAUGCACAAUUAUCCACAGUACAAGCAUUUGCCAUUUGUGUUGCUAUUUUACAUGGCACCGGUAACUUCCAUGGAGCGGGGAGGCAGAAGAAACAAGAGUUGUCGCAAUGUAGUUCAAUGAAAGUACUUAAAGAUGAGGACGGAGGGGAAUUUUUGAUAGAUUCAGUUACUAGAGAGGACAAGACAGCGUCAAAGUCUCCGAAAUCAAAUCUUCGAUCCUACGUGCUAAACCCACCCUUUUCACCUGUCGCCCGAGUAUGAAGCAUAAAGGGGACUCUUGAGCUAUGAUGCUCGGAUUCUUGGGGCAAAUGGGGGGAAAGAAAAGGGACGAAUUUGUAUCGGAUGCAUGUUCGAUAAAUACAUGUAUGUACUUGUAUUUUUUUUGU